CCCCACUACUAAAUGAUUCGAAAUAAAGUGUUUGUAAUUGAGAGGGAUAGUACUAGGUAGUACUAUAAGACACAAGGAAGAAAGGUAUGAAUGGCAAUGGCGAUUCCAGCAGUAGAGGUUCGAUACAAGGAGUUGAGGGUGGAGGCAGAGUGUGAAGUUGUGAAGGGGAAGCCUCUCCCAACUCUUUGGAAUUCACUCAAAUUGGGUGCAACGAGGCUUCUUGGUUUAAACUCAAGAAAGACACACAUAAAUAUUCUUGACGAUGUAAGUGGCAUCAUCAAGCCUGGAAGUCAUUUAUCCAUUGCAGAAUGACUUUACUACUUGGUCCUCCAGGCUGUGGGAAGACUACAUUAUUUAAGGCUCUUUCAUCAAAUCUCAGGAGAUCGCUCAAGAUGACAGGGGAGAUUUCGUACAAUGGAUAUAAUCUCCAAGACUUUGUAGUACAAAAAGUUUCUUCAUAUGUAGGCCAAUAUGAUCAGCAUAUCCCCGAAAUUACUGUUAGAGAAACACUCGAUUUUUCAGGUCGUUGUCAGGGAAUUGGAAAUAGAGCAGAAAUUUUGAUGAAGCUCGCCAAAAGGGAGAAAGAGGAAAAUAUUGUUCCAGACCCUAACGUUGAUACUUUCCCGAAGGGAAUUUCUGUGGAAGGAGAGAAGACAAGUCUUCAAACUGACUACAUUCUGAAAAUUCUUGGGCUUGACAUCUGUGCUGACACGCUCGUUGGAGACGCCAUGAGAAGAGGCAUCUCAGGUGGUCAGAAGAAAAGACUCACACUAGGUGAGAUGCUUGUUGGACCAACAAAUGUUUUCUUUAUGGAUGAAAUAUCAAAUGGUUUAGACAGCUCAACGGCAUACCAGAUCGUUUCUUUCCUUCAACAACUAUGUCAUGCCACUGAUGCUACCAUAAUUGUUUCACUUCUCCAGCCAGCUCCAGAAAUCUAUGAUCUAUUUGAUGACAUCAUCUUCAUGGCUGAAGGAAAGAUUGUCUAUCAUGGACCACGAGAUGAAGUUCUUGAGUUUUUCGACACUUGUGGGUUCAAGUGUCCUGGAAGGAAAGAAGUCGCCUGUUUUCUUCAGGAGGUUAUUGCUCCGAAAGAUCAAGAGCAGUAUUGGUACAAAUCUUGGGAAAAAUACAACUAUGUUUCAGUUCAUAUGUUCUCAAGGAAAUUUAAGGAGUCUCGCCGCGGAUGUAAGCUUACUGAGGAGCUAUCUGCACCUUCCGAUAAGUCCAAGAGUCAAAACGAAUCCUUCAAUUUUAAUGCGUAUUCACUUAAAAAAUGGGAUCUUUUUAGCACCUGCAUGUCAAGAGAACUUCUUCUGAUGAAAAGGAAUUCCUUCGUUUACGUAUUCAAAUCUGUCCAGCUGGUCAUACUGGCAUCUAUUACAAUGACAGUAUUUUUGAGGACACAGAUGAGUAUCGAUCUUCUCCAUGCGAAUAGUUACUUGGGAGCUCUGUUUUACUCUUUGAUUAUUCUAGUUGUCGAUGGUAUACCUGAGCUCUCCAUGACUAUUGGAAGGCUUGGAGUUUUCUACAAACAGAGAGACUUGCAUUUCUACCCUGCAUGGGCAUAUGCAGUUCCAGCUACCAUUCUCAAGAUUCCACUCUCGUUAUUAGAAUCUUUGCUUUGGACAUGCUUUACUUACUACACGAUUGGCUAUAGCCCGGAGGUUGGCAGGUUCUUCCGCCAAAUGAUGAUGUUCUUUGCUGUUCACUUUUCCUCUAUAUCAUUGUUCCGUUUUGUGGCAGCAGUCUGCCAGACCGUGGUUGUAUCUGCAGCAGCUAGUAGUAUAGUAAUAUUGUUUAUGUUUCUUCUAAGUGGCUUCAUGAUCCCAAAGUCUUCCAUGCCAAUUUGGUUGAAGUGGGCAUUUUGGAUUUCCCCAUUAUCAUAUGGGGAGAUAGGCCUUUCUUUAAAUGAAUUUCUAGCUCCGAGAUGGCAGAAGCAACUAUCUGGUAAUUCCACAAUCGGACGUCAAACACUGGAAAAUCAUGGCUUAAAUCACGACGGACAUUUCUUUUGGAUAUCUCUUGGUGUCAUGUUUGGCUUUGUGCUCCUUUUCAAUAUUGGGUUCACACUGGCCUCGAGUGUCUUGAAACCUCCUGGUUCUCGUGCUAUUAUUUCAAUCAAGAAACUCUCUGCACUACGUGAAAAAGAAGUGGUCUGUAACGUCCAUUCACAGAAACAAACUGGAAUUUCUUCUGCAAGCUCUAGUGCUGAAUCUCAUAGAGGUAGAGCUGUUUUACCGUUUGAACCACUAAGUAUAGUGUUCCAAGAUGUGCAAUACUAUGUAGAACCUCCUAAGACAAUGAAGAAGCACGGAGUCUCUCAGAAAAGACUUCAACUUCUUCACAAUAUUACUGGUGCAUUUAGACCUGGUGUUCUAACGGCACUCAUGGGUGUCAGUGGAGCUGGAAAAACUACACUUCUUGACGUUCUUGCUGGUAGAAAAACAUGUGGAACUACAGAAGGAGUGAUAAAAAUCGGAGGCUAUCCAAAAGUUCAAAGCACAUAUUCUAGAAUUUCAGCAUAUUGUGAACAAACUGAUAUACAUUCUCCUCAAAUCACCGUGGAAGAAUCAGUCAUUUUCUCUGCGUGGCUACGUCUUGAUUCCCAAAUUGACCCAAAGACAAAAUCAGAGUUUGUAAAAGAAGUUCUGGAAACCAUUGAGCUCGAUGGAAUCAAAGAUGCACUGGUGGGCGUUGCAGGUGUUGAUGGUCUUUCAACUGAGCAACGCAAACGGUUGACAAUAGCUGUGGAACUUGUUGCUAACCCUUCAAUCAUCUUUAUGGAUGAACCUACAACUGGUCUGGAUGCCAGAGCAGCGGCAAUUGUCAUGCGUGCAGUCAAGAACGUAGCUGAUACCGGGAGAACAAUUGUUUGCACCAUUCAUCAACCAAGCAUAGAUAUAUUUGAAGCAUUUGACGAGUUGUUACUUCUCAAAGCUGGAGGGUGCAUGAUCUAUUCUGGACCCAUGGGACAUUGCUCCUCUAAAGUGAUUGAAUAUUUUGAGGGUAUUUCUGGAGUGCCUAAAAUUAAAGAUGGAUGCAAUCCUGCUACGUGGAUACUAGAGGUGACUUCUGCUUCGUCAGAAGCUGAACUUGGCAUAGACUUUGGUCAAAUUUAUGUCGGUUCUACUUUGCACGAGGAUAACAAAGAGCUUGUGAAGAGACUUGGUAUGCCAGCUUCCGGCUCAAAAGAUUUACACUUCCCUACGCGAUAUGCUCAAAAUGGCUGGGGACAAUUCACAACCUGCCUCUGGAAGCAGCACUGGUCUUACUGGAGAAGUCCAUCGUACAACUUGCACCGAACAACAUAUAUGCUUAAUGCAUCUUUUCUGUUUGGAUUCCUGUUCUGGGGUCAAGGCAAGAAAUUACAUGAUCAGCAGAGUCUACUGACUCUACUUGGUUCAACAUAUUGCUCUAUAAUCUUUUGUGGGAUACAAAAUUGUCAGUCGGUAUUGCCAUACAUUAACAGAGAACGAACUGUGUUCUACAGAGAGGUUUUCGCUGGUAUGUAUGCUUCGUGGGCAUAUUCAGCUGCUCAGGUCAUCGUAGAGAUCCCAUACGUCUUCGUUCAAGUACUUGUAUUCACAGUGAUCACAUAUCCUAUGAUUGGAUACCAGUUUUCAGCAUACAAGGUCUUUGUAUAUUUCUACUGCAUGUUUUGUACUCUACUCUCCUACACAUAUCUUGGGAUGCUGUUGAUUGCAAUCACUCCGAGCUUUCCGGUGGCAGCCACUCUACAGUCAGCCUUCUACACGACGUUCAACUUGUUUGCUGGCUUCUUUAUUCCUCGCCCGCAAAUUCCCAAGUGGUGGAUAUGGUUAUACUAUGUGGUUCCGACAUCAUGGUCGUUGAAGGGAGUUGUUACGUCUCAAUACGGAGACGUGGAGAAGGAGAUUGCAGUAUUCGGAGAGAGGAAGACGGUGGCCGGAUUUCUCACUCAAUAUUUUGGAUUUCAGCAUAACAUGCUACCCUUGGUUAUUCCAGUCUUGACUUGUUAUCCUAUUCUCUUUGCUUUUCUCUUUGCUUAUUGCAUUAGGAAGUUUAACUACCAAAGAAGGUGAAGUGAUCAUCUUUGUCUUGUUUUAUUUGAAAUGGACAGACUAUUUAUAACAA